AUGGUCACCGAGGGCCUUCCUGUUCCCUGCAGUACCUGCUGUGACGAGGGGUUGCUCGGUAAUGGGCCCACGACGUUCGAGAAGCCUCGCCCAAGAGCACCAACUUCGGGCGCAUCUACACACGCCGCCAACAUCACCGAAGCCCUCCGGCGCAUCAACUUGAACGAGCCGCACAGAAGCUCAUCUGUUCCCGCUACGGAACAUGAGGCCCAAGUCCACCGCGCCUCCCUACGGCAAGCUGCCCAGUCAGCCGCUGCCACGACGACUGGCUCUGCCAUCGAAACACCACCACAAAGUCCGCGUCUUGCGUCAGGCUCCGCCGCUCAGCAGCAGAAGCCACGCCAGGACUCGGGCUUCCGCAGGACCUACGACGAAUACGUGACACGGCGCGCGGGGCCAUGCGACAAUUGCGCCCUGACCCUUCCGAAGCGGCAGGAAGCGCCAGUUCCACCAGCGCCAACGCUAAUUCGCACAUGCACUUUCUCGACUACACAUCAACCCCAUGAACCUCUGGCGCCGGCGUCCUUCUCCCUUGUUCGUGCCUCCUGCUUGCGCACACUAUCAUUGGAGACCCUCCCCCGCGCUCCGGCCACAAGCCCUUCGGCGGGAUCCGCCAUGCCCACCCCGAAUCCUUCGCCAAACAGCCCUGCCUAUGUCACGACACAUAGCAUAGGCUCUGCCGCCUCGGGCGGCUCAAUAUUCUUUGGCGACAAAAAGGUUGGCUACACGACCGCCUACAUCUUCCGUGUUCCGGACGUCCACGCCCGCGGCCACAAACGGGUCUACGCCUUCCUGGCGCUUAGCACCCACCCAGAGCCCACUGCUGUCAAGACCUUUACCUUUCUUUCCACGGCCUUCCGCGAUCUGGCUUCCUGGAUACAGGAGCUAGCUGAAGCUGAAGCCGAGCGCGCUCUCGCCGAGUCCAGCACUUCGUCAGGAAGCAGCCCAAUCGUUUCCGGCCCUGGCUACGGCAGCUUUCAGUCUGAGCCAACCGCCCCACCUGUAUCAGGGGGUAGUAGUAGCUUUCUGAUGGGCGGCGCUGGCGGCCUGUCGCGGCGGAUGGGCAGCGGCUUUGCAGGCUCCGGCGUUGCCCUCAAGCAGCGUGGGCUGGCGGAGUUGGUCGGUCUUACCGGACUUCUUUCUUGA